AUGGACUGGUACUGCAACCCAAGCAAUUUCUCCAGCGUUGACACCGCACAGCUGUCUCCAGGGUCGGGGAGCGUUGGCCACGUGACCUUCCGGUCCAUCUCGGUGGCUGUGUCCCUCUGUGGGUUGGUGGGAAAUGGAAUUGUAAUCUGGUUCAUCCGUCUGUCCACCAAGAGAACCUCCUUCUUCACCUACAGCCUCAAUCUGGCCGUCGCGGAUUUCCUUCACCUUUGCUUCCAGAUCGUGUUCUCCGUCCGCCAGAUCCUCAAGGCUUUCCUCCGGCACUGCUUCCCUCUCCCCGGGAUCUUCAUGGUCCUGAGGUUCUUCUUCUACUUCACUAGCCUGGGUGUCAUCUCCGCCAUCAGCUGUCAGCGCUGUCUCUCUGUCCUCUUCCCCAUUUGGUACCGGUGUCAUUGCCCCAAGCACCUGUCAGCCGUCGUGAGCACCCUCCUCUGGAUUCUCACCUUUUUGCUCAAUAUACUGCGAGGCCAUGCCUGCGGUCAGCUGUACAUCAGGAAGACACAGUUCUGCCCUGCGCUCCUGGCCGCCACCAGCGCCUGGGCGUUCCUCCUGUUCUCCAUCCUGGGCGUGUCCAGUCUGCUGCUGCUCCUCCGAGUCCACGCCAGCUCCCAGCGUCAUCAGCCCAGAAAGCUCUGCCUGGUCCUCCUGGUCUCCGUCCUGGUCUUCUUCGUCCUCGGGCUGCCGCUCAGCAUCAUCAGGUUCCUUACAGCUGACGUGGAAAAUGAGACCCUCAAUGACAUCUGUGUCCUCCUGUCCUGCACCAACAGCUCGGCUAACCCUGCUGUUUAUGUCCUCAUCGGGGGCCUGCAGAGGCAGCAGCCGAGGGAGCCCCUCCAGGUAGUUCUUCAGAGAGCCCUGGGCGAGGAGAUGGAGGACGGCAAGGAUGGAAAGGCGCGCCCGCCUGGCCCCCUGAAGGGCGGGGAGCUCCCAGGGGAUGUGUGUCUCCGGGGCACGGCCCCUGCGAUCUCCUGGCAGUAA